AAUUUGCCCCGCACCUCUUCCUCUCGGCACCUCCAUAAGUAGUCCUCCCUCCUUCCCACGAGCCCCCAGACAGCCAGUCGUCUCUCAUCCCUAAAUCUCUCUCUCUAGGUUCACUGACAUGGCUAUGGCUUCUCUGGUCUUCGUCGCAUUUGUUAUCUCCUUCGCCCUAACGGUCAAGGCCAGAAUCCCGGGCGUUUACACCGGGGGCCCUUGGCAGAGUGCUCAUGCUACCUUCUACGGAGGAGCCGAUGCUUCCGGCACCAUGGGUGGAGCCUGUGGAUACGGUAACCUCUACAGCCAAGGGUACGGCGUGAACACGGCGGCGCUGAGCACUGCACUGUUCAACAAUGGGCUGAGCUGCGGAGCGUGCUUCGAGAUAAAGUGCGCAGAUGACAGGCAAUGGUGUCACUCGGGAAGCCCGUCCAUAUUCGUCACGGCCACUAACUUUUGCCCGCCCAACUACGCUCUUCCCAACGACAAUGGCGGCUGGUGCAACCCUCCUCGCCCCCACUUUGACCUGGCCAUGCCCAUGUUCCUCAAGAUUGCCGAGUACCGUGCCGGCAUCGUCCCCGUCGCCUACCGCCGGGUGGCAUGCAGGAAGCAAGGGGGAAUAAGGUUCACCAUCAACGGCUUUCGAUACUUCAAUCUGGUGCUGAUCACGAACGUGGCGGGAGCGGGGGAUAUAGUGCGGGCGUACGUGAAGGGAUCGAGGUCCGAGUGGAUGCCCCUGAGCCGGAACUGGGGUCAAAACUGGCAGUCAAACGCCGUAUUGGUGGGACAGUCGCUGUCGUUCAGGGUCACGGGCAGUGACAGACGCACUUCCACCUCUUGGAACAUCGUCCCUUCCAACUGGCAAUUCGGUCAAACUUUCACCGGCAAGAACUUCCGGGUUUGAUUGCAUUUUGUCUAUGGUAAAGCCGUAGGGAAUGCUGAAGCGGCUAUAUCAAAGGAGUAGCCCGCAGCUGAUUAGUGGUUUAUACAAUGUAAGACAUGAUGUUAUAUAUAGAUAUAUAUAUUUUAUAGUUCAAUUAAUUAAUAUAUCUAAGCAACUGUGUUGUGGUUGAAGGAAACCACUUGGCUCGUUUCAAUGAUAUAUUUAUGCUUUCUUUCC